AAAAAAGUCGGUCAUCUCUUUCGCGCACUAUUGUUCACAAAAUAUGCCAUAUGUCUGAGUUAUGCCUAAAAAUUGUCAUGUCCCCUGUGCAUGUCGGAAGUCUUGGCCCCCCAAGGCAACAAGACAUGUCCCGGGCAAUCCACACCUGGCACCUCCCCGAUUCUCUUCCUCUCCGGUCGCUUCUUCUUCUUCUCCCCUGUUUUUCGAUCUGAACCUCUCGUGUUGAUUGAAACAAUCUGCACAUUUUAUCCUCCAGUGCUGAAAAACUUGUCUUCCUCCCACAAUCUGCGCUUGAGUCCACCAUGGCGAGCGAGUUCCAGUCCGCCAUGACCAUCCGGUCGCUCCGCAUACUCAAGAAUGAACUGGAGUUUCUCGCCGACUCAAAUGUCAUCAAGCCCGACCAGCUCAAUGCGAUUCUCGCACAACUGCCCACCGAGACCGAUGCUCGCACCGCGGCCGCACGUCAGAACCAAACACCCCCUUCACCAUUGCAGAUUCAACCCCUGCCUCAACCCGUUCAAGCGCAACCUCCUCCGGCCCCAUAUUCACCCCCAUCGACACAGAACUCCAAUCUCCCCUUGAAUGAAAAGACCCCGGUGUACAACCAAUACGCCUCCCCACCUCCGCAGGCACCGCCCGCAUACCCUCAGGCUGCGCCACCAUCGUUGGGUUACGCUACUGCGAUGUGGGCAUACACUCCAACGGAUGAAGGCGAUCUCGCGCUGGUGCAGAAUGACCGCAUUUUGGUUCUCGAGCACAUGAAUGUUGACUGGUGGCGUGGUCGCAACGAGCGUACCGGCUUGGAGGGUAUCUUCCCGAAGAGCUAUGUCAAGGCGGUUGAUGAGAAGGCAGGCAUCUAUACGCCGCCCCCAUCGAACAACUAUGGGAAUAUGCCUUUGGCUGUUAGCCAGGGCGGAUCUAACCCGCCUACCAAUGAUCCGGAGCAGAAGAGCAAGUUUGAGCAGAAUGGCAAGAAGUUUGGCAAGAAAUUGGGUAACGCUGCAAUUUUUGGUGCCGGUGCUACUGUCGGCUCCAACAUCGUGAACAGUAUCUUCUAAACAGCAUAUAUAUCUCGCUUAUAUUGUGUGGACUCGAGAUACCUUGUUUGGCCCCUCAUUGUUUCUUUUUUAUCAUUGGAAUGGCGUUGGUGGAAUUCAUUUUUCCCUGGAUGGAUUGCUUGUAGCUUAGAUGAAGCUCCUUUAUUAGCUGAUUAUCUGCGAUAGCACAAUCCCCAUGGCCAUAUGGACUCGCAUAUUGUUUUCUAUUCGUCAAAGACCCGGUAAUCAAGAGAGGCGCGGCCCAAAUGCUCCGUGGGUACCAUCUUUCCGAAACGUAGAUUCAGCUCGAUUUUCAUCCAUCAUCUCAAAAAUCUCGGACAUUAUAUCUCUCGGUAUGUGUAUGCAUGACCGGGCAUACAUUCCAAAGUGUCGAAUUGCUCCUAUAGCCCUACCACGUC